UUACUUUUCGAAUUAGGACUUUUGAACCUUCAUUUUUCCAAGUUUACCAUAAGAGCAUUUUGUGUGUUUUAUGGUAAUAUUUUUAUGUGAAGAAAGAUCGAAGGUUGUUUCCAAUCUGACUGGACAAAUGAUUAGGCCUAGUAGUAUGUGGUCAACAUCAUGGUCGUCUUUUCCCCACCCAGGAAUGACGUUUUUAACAGGGUUUUUAUACUGUUCAACCUUUUCAUUUUAAGACCCAGUAACAUGAAUUUCGGUUGUUGAAGUUGACUGCUCAGAAAUAUUUCCAACGUUUUCUUUUUGGCUUUCUUAUUUUUGAGGUUCGCAACAGUGCUCUCUGCAUUAGCCGUAUUUCUCGAAACAAUGACGUAAUUUCUGAGGCAUUAUCUUUUUUCACUAUGAAGAGUGAAAGUGGGCGUUCGUUUGCACUGGAAUACAAAACAAUACGGUGUAUUGUUUUUUGAGGCAUCUUUUUUGAGCAGCGACAAAUCAAACAGGUAGGCAGGCAGACCACGACCGUCCAGGGUACAGGCAAUAUGGAUAGCUUGAUGGCUGGCAACGUUACCAACAAGACUGACCCUCGCUCCCUCAACUCCCGGGUCUUCAUCGGGAACCUCAACACUCUCCUGGUCACCAAGGCAGACGUGGAGGCCAUCUUCAGCAAGUACGGCAAGAUAGUGGGCUGCUCCGUGCACAAGGGGUUCGCCUUUGUCCAGUAUGCCAAUGAGAGGAAUGCCCGGGCCGCCGUAGGGGGCGAGGAUGGGAGGAUGAUCGUAGGACAGGUGCUGGACAUUAACCUUGCUUGCGAACCGAAGCAUCAGAGAUUGAAGACUGUGAAGCGCUCUGCGGGAGAUAUGUACAGUUCUUCAUUUGAUUUGGAAUAUGACUUCCAGAGAGAUUACUAUGACCGGAUGUACCCGUACCAGUCCCGCGUGCCCCCUCCACCUCCUCCCCCCCUGUCCCGGGCGGUGAUCCCCUCCAAGCGGCCCCGGGUCAGUUUGAGUGGAGGCGGUGGAGGAAGAGGAGGUGGAGGAGCAGGGGGCAGCCGACGCACCAAGACCAACUUCUCAUCCUCCAGGAGCAGCCAGAGCAGGGUCUCCACCUCACGCACCAUGAAGGCAGAUGACCUGCAGACCAUCAAGAGAGAGCUGACCCAGAUCAAACACAAGGUGGACUACCUGCUGGAGAGUCUGGAACGCAUGGAGAAGGACCACACCAAGAAGCUAGACAUGAAGAGUAGUGGGAAGCCGGAACUCGGGGAGGUGUCUCCUCUCCACUGUGGAGGAAAGAAGGAGGAGAGCUUGAAGAGGGAGAGGGAGAGCCAACUGCUCAAUGACUCCGAAGAGGAGGAGGGAGACCUACUGGAGGAGGAGGAGGAGGUGAAGAGUCGAGGAAGGGAAGAUGACGAUGAAGAGGAGGAAGGUGAGGAUGAUGGAGAUAGCGCCAACGGAGACGACUCUUAAACACCGCAAGAUUGUCUGUUCGCACACACAUGCAUACAUACAGGCACACACACACACACACACACUCCCUGACAUACACAAAAGGAAAUGUGUAUAAUUACAUAGCAACACACAUGCAGUACAUGGACAGCUGUUCCUACUGAACUCACUAUUCAUAUGGACAUUUCCACUAUACCAUUCUGAACGUGUGCUCACCUACACAUUCAGUAACACUCUACCAGUUAUGUCAAGCAAAUAUCUGUCCCUUUUCUUCUCUUUGGAUUUCUCUCCGAUGUAUUAGUUUGUAGCCUCAUACGGCCAUCCUGAUCUCUCCAUUUACAUUAUUUGUGAAUUGAAAUGAAAUGAAAUGAGAGAGCGUGCGCAGCAGUCAGGUUGGUGGACCAGGCUAAUUAUUUGGCCCCAGAUCAAAGAUUUUCUUUAUGUAUACCGUAUGUAUCUUGAAAAAUAGUUUUAUUCUAGUUGUACUAGUCCAGAUACAGUGGAUCUCAAACCUCUCCUCAGAGACCCCCAGUCGUUCCAUGUUUUUGAUCUAUUCCACAGCUAGCACACCUGAUUCAACUAAUCAUCAUGUUCUUGACUAGGACAAUCAGACGAGUUAGUUCAGGGCUCCACAACAUUGUGAAACAUCUGGGGGUCCCGAGAGGUUUUAAAACCACUGGACUGGAGGAUCUUGGCACCUGCUGCGUCCACCAGCAGGUGGCACUGUGCAAUGACAUUUUUACACACCUAGGCUACCGUGAAAUGUGGUGCUGGAGUUGGAAGAUUUUACAAUGACCAUAUUAUAAAAAUCGUAAACAAUGAAACAGACAUGUAUAGGAAGAUUUCAUGCCAGGAUUGUCUAAUGUAUGCCGUUUUCUUUGCCCUGAAUGGUUUUGCUUGUUUCUUUUUUAGCUUACUUAUUUGUGUCAGGAAAUACACUUUGACUUAGUAUAACCUUGAGUUCUGUAAUGGACGUUAUCCAUGUUGGUGUGUUUGUCUCGGUUGCCGUGUGAUUUCAGUUGACCAUUACUUUGACUGUGCUUGUGAAUUAAAAACUUCCAAGUGGAAAUGCUCCAGGC